CAACGUGGUAUCAACAGUUCUAGGUUAUGUUUAAACCAAUGUGACUUCUUGUUUUGUUUUUAAUUUAACUCAGAGACUAGUCGAAAUGGUGACUUUGCAAUAUGCCGAAUCCGUCACGGCCCCCAAGAAACACUCUCUGAUCGAUGUCCACGCUUGUAAAAUUUGCCCGUACGUUACAACAUCGUUUUUCCUGAUGAAGAACCACAUACGCCGCCAUCAGUCGCCUUUGGUACCUUUUAACUGCGAAAACCCCCUUGAUUCUCACCAUUGCAAACACUGCAAUUUUCAAACCGAACUAACGUUGCUUUUCAAGCAACACAUUAAAGAAAAUCAUGGAAUUAAACACGAAAACGACGAUUUAAUUGUACAGCACAAAAAUCAAAAGUACGUUUGUGAAAAGUGCGGAUUUGAGUCGCAUUUUUUGCUUAAAUGGUUAUGUCACAUGCGAGAGUGUCAACAAACUAAAGAACAACCAAACUUGAAAAUGCAGCAUUUGGUCGAGGACAAAAUCAAGUGGUACCACUGCGCUGACUGUACCUUCAAGAGUAAAGGAAAACCCGGUUUGAAAAACCACAUUAACGCACGGCAUCUGGACGACAUUGUCGCGAAAUGGUAUGAAUGUAAACAGUGCUCAUUUAGAUCUAAACACAACCAAUCUUUGUGGCGACAUGUGAUCGCUUUUCAUUUGGACGAAAAGGACGGCAAGUGGUUUGAAUGCCCACAGUGUCUACACAAGACUAGAGAAAAUUCGAAACUAAUGCGUCACCUGUUAAACAACCAUUCGAUUAAAAAAAGUAUCACGUGGUAUCAGUGCAAGGAGUGUCGAUUUAAAACAACUUUCGAGGGGGAUUUACAGAAACACGUGAAAGCGCGGCAUUUGAACGACCGAGACACCAAGUGGUAUGAAUGUAAACAGUGUCCGUUCAAAACUAGAUAUUGUUCGCCUCUAAAGAAGCACGUGAAAUUGCAGCAUUUGGAUCAAAAUGACAUCAGAUGGUAUGAUUGUGUAAAGUGCCAAUUCAAAACCAAAUACCCCCAUGCUUUAAAGAAUCAUAUAAAUCGCUGGCAUUUGGACGAGAAUGAAAUCAAGUGGCACCACUGCAGUGAGUGUUCGUUCAAGAGCAAAAACAAAGGAGGUUUGAAAGGUCACAUUAACGCUCAGCAUCUGAGCGACCAAGAAGCGAAAUGGUACGAAUGCACACAUUGCCCAUACAAAACUAAGAAUCCUUCAAAUUUAAACUCCCACACAAAAAGGCGCCACUCGAAUGCGAAAAGUGACAACGUAAUAGCAGACAAAAAUCGAGUUUAAUUGUGAAGUUCAAACAAAGUGUACAGUCGUGGUGAAUGUCCAUGCAGACUUACACUUUUCUCGUUCCAUUGAUAUAGAAAAUA